AUGUUACACUUUUACAAGAUCUCAUCGAGUUCAAAUCAUUCACAUUCGCGGUGUGAGAUCCCGCGUGGGCGUGAUCGUUCCGACUUGAUAAACCUCUCUGAGUUAUUUCCACCAAGCGCUUCAGUUCACCCCAAGGGACAGCGAUUGUCAACACGGCUAUAUAUAGCUUCGGAGAAGUCGGCCGAACAUACGAUGGGGUCUCUAUAUCGUAGUGAGCCGAUGAAACUUUGUGAAAUGAUAUUGGUGAAGGAUGCUGCUUACGAUUGUGUCGGUGAACUUGGAAAAUACGGCAAUGUACAGUUCAAUGAUUUGAAUGCCAAUAAAAACAUCUUUCAAAGAACGUUUGUGAGAGAAGUGCGACGUUGCGAGGAACUCGAGAGGAAACUGAGAUUUCUCGAGCGGCAGGUGGUAGAAUGUGUACCAGGGAUACAGCUUUUACCUAUAGACGCUACUAUCAUCGAAACCCCGUCCCAAUUCGAAAUUAAUAACUUGGAGACUGAAGUAGACGAGCUAGAACUUGAUUUCGUCUCGCUGAAUAAAAAUGACAGCUACCUUAGGAAGAAUUUGAACGAAAUGCGAGAGUUUCAAUAUGUCCUUCAGCGUGUUGAACAGUUUUUUGAAGUGCACACUGAAGAUGAAGCAAUAAACAACAUCGAAGUACCAGAAACUGAGCAGGAAUCGCUACAGAAGUCCAUCAGCGCUGGAGGCAUGAUUUCCUGGUCCAGAAAUGACGUCCCACUUACACCUUUGCUCAGCGACGAGAAGGGAGAAAAUGCUUGGUUUGUGGCUGGUGUCAUGCCUCUCGACAAAAAGAACACUUUUGAACGAGUGCUUUGGCGAGCGUGUAGACGAACGGCCUUUGUGCGAAUCAGCGAUGUGACACUCACAUUGGAGGAUCCUGUUACACUCGCGCCCAUUAUAAAAUGUGUAUUUAUCGUAUUUUUCAAAGGAGAAAGCCUGAAGCUUAUCGUUGAUAAAGUAUGCGAUGGCUUCAAUGCUAGGCAGUACCCAUGCCCGAAAACAUCAAAGGAACGACAACAAGCACUUUUCGAGACUAUAGCUCGUAUCCAAGAUCUCAAAACUGUCAUCGAUAGCACGCAAGAGCAUCGAUUUCAAAUUCUGACAAACGUCGCUAAAGAUCUGCCGGGGUGGUUGAAGAAGGUGCACCUACAAAAGGCCAUUUACAGCACGUUGAAUAGGUUCACGGUAGACACAAAUGGUUUUUUGGCAGCUCAAUGCUGGAUUCCGGAAAGGGAAAUGGAUACUGUUCAUUUAGCGUUGUGUGAUGGAUUGGUUAGUUUUAUGCACCGUGCCUCUUUGACAGUUUUUUUUAAAUCC